UGCUCGGUUAUGAGGCUCCCUAUCGUAUACAAGGAGACGUAAUAAUGUCACCUGGAUGUCGCAUCACAAUGACAAUCGGAUGUUUAGCCCAGAACAAAAACACGUCACGAGUCAUGGUGGGGCAAUAGUGCGGGGAUGAAGUGUCAGGAACCGGUUUGGAUAUUGUUCUCCGCAUUGGCAAGUAGAAAGCUAUUGCUAAGUUGCUUUUGAUCAGCAGACGCAGCUCUGACCCAGACAAUUAACGUUCGUGGAAGGAUGAAGGAGCCCGACCGAGAGGUCGGGCUAUUUCUACAUGGAGGAGUUCUGAACAUAUAUAACCCAGAAUUUACCUCGACGCGUAGCUGUAUUAAUCCGUUCUGUCAGACGACUAUUCCUUGUUGGCUGAAAUCCUAAGUAAAGGUAGCUGGACCGCAGUCAUGGGCAAUCACGCUUUGAUCUACGGCGCGUCUGGCAUAUCCGGUUGGGCAAUUGUCAACGCGAUUCUCGACGGCUAUCCAUCGAAGGAUGCAUUCUCUAGGGUUACAGCGAUGGUCAACCGACCGUUGACGAGGGAGAUGGCUCUCUGGCCUGACGACCCGAGGCUACAGAUCGUAUCGGGAGUUGACCUUGUAAAGGGAACUCAAGAGGAGCUAGAGAAUCAGAUCAAAGAGAAGGUCAAGGACGUCGAGAGCGUAACUCAGGUUUACUUCUAUUCAUACAAGCAAAUAGACGAUCCCGACCAAGAAUGCAAAGUCAACGAGGCAAUGCUGGAGCGUGCCGUCACCGCAAUCGACCACCUUUCCUCGAAGCUCUCAUACGUCCUGCUUCCGACAGGCACUAAAAUCUAUGGGUGCCAGAUGCUGGACAACUUCCCUUUCGCAAACGAUCUACCCCUAAAGGAAACACUUCCGCCUAUCCCCGAGCCAUACCUUUCUCAGCUCUUCUACUACAACCAGAUCGACUGUUUAAAGCGCAUUUCCAAGGGCAAGAGCUGGAGCUGGUGCGAGAUUCGACCAGACAAUAUUAUUGGCUUCGUACCAAACAACAAUGCAUACUGCCUCGCACAGACACUCGCCUUGUAUCUCUCUCUAUAUCGAUCCGUCGAGGGCGAGGGCGCUAAAUGUCCAUUCCCUGGAAACGAGAAGUCGUGGGUGAACAAGUACAACGAAUCACCGCAGGACAUGGUCGCUCAUUUCUCUAUUCACGCGUCUUUGCACCCUGAAAAGACGGCAUCGCAGAGCUUCAACGUUGGCGGACAGGAAGACAGCUGGAGCGGGAAGUGGCCGGUAAUCUGCGAUUACUUUGGCUUGAAAGGUACCGGGCCCGAGGAGAACUCACCACAGCCUGGUGCGUAUAUAGAUGCGCACAGAAAGGACUGGGAUGCUCUGGAGGCAAAGCAUAGCCUCAAGAAGGGAAGCGUGGACAGCGACAUCACACAUCCGGGAUUCCAGUACUUUAUCAUGACAAUGUUCGACUUCGAUCGCCAGAUGAGUAUGGAGGCCUCGCACAAGGUUGGAUAUACAGAGGAGAUACGUACGCCAGAGACGUGGAAGAUUGCAUUUGACCGUAUGAGGAAGGCGAAAGUGAUUCCAUGAGAUGGAAUUUAGCGUUUCGUGCUUGACAGCGUGCAAGGCGUCCAAGAUUGGGGGCCAGCCUGGUCGUGGUUCCUAAAGUCUUAAACCCACCGUUCGCUUAUUAGCGGUCAAUCUUUACCAGCUCCUCGCGAUCUCGUGAAUGGCCCCAUUCCACAGAAAUCAAGCCCCAUC